AUGACAGAGAUGGCGAUAUGUUUAAUGUACAGUUUUUGGUGUCAGAAACCCACGCUCGGGGGCGCCGGCGGGGCACGGCCGGGGAGAGGCGGGGCGCGCCUGAAAACUGAAACGUUCAGUAUCGCCGCGACCAUGGCCACGGACGGACGCACGAAGCGCUCGCAGUCGAUAUGCGCGCCCGCCUCCGCGAGCAUGGAAGCGCUAGCCGCGCCGAUGGAGACGACGCCGGCGCCGCGACGCAGGCCGGCCGCGCGCUCACAGUCGGCGCGAAUCACCGGCGGUCGCAGCGUACGCCACCGCCGCCAGCAACAACAACAACAGCAGUUGGACCGCGAAACUCGCUCGCGCUAUAGCUCAGAGCCGCGGCUGGCCGACGCUGAGACCCCGCCGCAGGUGCGCCGGCAAGCGUCGGCUCGCCGCCGCCCCCCGACAUCCCAGCACUCCGCACACGCCCAGCCGCGCCGCUCCAACGCCUUCCUGGACGUGCCACGCGCCGCGCACCCACCCGAAGAGGAACCCGACGAGGACUCGUACCGGCUCCGCACGUUCAACACCACGCAGAAAGGAGGUAUAGUGAACAGAGGUGACUCGUUCCGUCGCCGUCGGUCCCGGUCAGGCAGCCUAGCGCCCGCAUCCCCGGCGCAAGCUACCCCGGAGCCCCAGGAGCGCAAGCCUGUCGCCUGUCACCGUGUAGCCAUGGUGGGCGCGCCGGGCGUCGGAAAGACUGCUCUCAUCAGCCAGUUCCAAACCAGCGAAUGUAUAAACGCUUACGAUAGACAGAGAGAUGUCGACAGCUCUGAACAAAAGGUGUCUAUUCUACUAAACGGUGAAGAAUCGGAAUUAUACUUCGUUAAUUGUACCAGUGCAAAGGAAGAAAUCGAUCGUUUCGAGCCACCUGAUGCAUUCGUGGUGAUAUACUCUGUGGUAGACAAGGCAUCCUUCCAGAAGGCGGAACAGGAACUGGCGAGAAUGUUGGACAGCGACAUGCUGCGCUCCAGACCAGCACUCCUCGUUGCCAACAAGAUAGACCUGGCCAGGAGUAGAGCUGUGUCAACACAAGAUGGAAAAUGUCUCGCUUGCACGUACAAAGCAAAAUUCAUAGAAGUGUCAGUUGGUAUAAAUCAUAACGUCGAUGAGUUACUUGUUGGUAUUUUAAACCAAAUCAGGCUUAAGAAACAACAGUAUUCUGCUGAAGGUGGAAGAGAAUCUUCACCAGCUCAUUGGUAUAAAUCAAGAGGUGUGGUCAGAGCCAGCAUGAAGGCAAGGCAAAUGUUAACUUGGAUCUUCGGUAAGGAAGAUUCUAAAUUCAAAAAUUGCGAAAACUUACAUGUCCUGUGAGUGGAAAGUGAAGGGCCGGUGUUCGUGUAAUGACAGUGACUUUGAACUCGGCCAAGUUAUUAGUUAUUAUGUGUACGUGUGUUUAUUUUAUUCAGACCAAUUGGAUCUUAGAGUUAAAUACGACGAGCGUGAAUACGCGUCUCGUUUGUAGUCCACGCUACUAAGACAUAUUGUGUGCGUUUCCACGGCAGAAACUAUACAAGAAAUUUUUUUUCCAAAAGAAAUAAGCGACGAUUAUUUUUUUUAAUAUGUAUUUCGGCAAUAAAAAUCCACUGUAAAAACCAAUAUAUCUUUUCGAUUCAUAUCGAUUUACAAAACUAAUUAAUAAAUUUGCGAUAACAUCACGUUUAAAACUCCUUAUAGUGAAGGCAUAUCAAGUUUUUUAAACAAAAAAAAGUAGCUCAAAAUUUACAAUUUCUCUGUUCGCAGAAUUUUAAGUAGUAUUUAGUCGUACUAAUAUGACAGACUAAUUUUGGCGCUUAUUAAGUAGUAAAGCGUCAAAGAAACAAUCUUUGUAUUUUAGGUUAUGUGCCAAGUUUGAAAGAAUUUAAAAUACGUAUUCUUAAGUAUAUAGUAAUUUCAUAAUUAUAUCGAAACGACG